CUCUUCUGAAUUUUGCAUCAUAAAUGCAGUUAUAUAACAUUAUCUAUAUUAAUUGCUGAACAUGUUGAAAGGUGUCAAUCCCAGUUGUGUUUACGACUUCUCCGACCACCAUUUCUCUGGCAUCGCCGCCGCCGCCGAGUACAACGACCGCGUCGACGAUGCAAUAUACGGCUCCGACGAGUUCCGAAUGUAUGCUUACAAGAUCAAACGCUGCCCGAGGAUGAGGAGCCACGAUUGGACGGAGUGUCCGUACGCCCACCGCGGCGAGAAGGCGCAGCGGCGGGACCCGCGGAAGUUCAAUUACUCAGCUAUCGUCUGUCCGGCGUUCCGAAACGGCGCCAGCUGUAGCAAGGGAGACACUUGCGAAUUCGCGCACGGCGUCUUCGAGUACUGGCUCCACCCGGCCAGAUACCGGACCCGCGCCUGCAAUUCCGGCCAGCUUUGCCAGCGAAAGGUGUGUUUCUUCGCCCACUCACCCGAGCAGCUCCGCCCGGAGACCAAGUCUAAACGCCAUAGCCAUUACGCGUACCGACCGACCGCGGUGGCCCGCGAGCCGGUGGAAGUGGUGUUGAAUGGCUGUGGUGAUCAUGUAAUCAAGGCAGGGAGGACUGCUGAGAAUAUUAACAUGAAUGGUGCAGAUGGUGCCACUUCAUCACCAUAUUUUGCGAAGAAUAAUGAUAAUUAUAUUGAUGAUCAUGGUGAUUACGGUCAUGAUGAUUAUAAUGAUUCUUUUCAGAAAUUUGCUGAUUUCUUGAAGAGUUUGAGGGCACUGAAGAUAAGAGAUAUGGGUGGAGAUGGUGGAGGAAGGAUUAUGAGUUCCGGGUUGGAUGUUUCGGAAUCGGAUUUGCCCCAUGUUGAAUGGAUUUCAAAGUUGGUGCAAUAA